AUGACGUCUGAAGCUGUCGUUGAGAGGCCCCCACCUGUGAGAUUUGCCCGGAGAAGUGGCAAAAUAGAAGCUUUAUUGUCUCGUGCAGUGGGUGGAGAAGGCCUGGACUCGAGGCAGGACGAUGAUAGUUCCCGUUUUACCAGUCAUCCAAGUAUCUCGGCUAUACAGACCCACUGCUCUGCAGAAGAAGGUUUCCAGUUUCGUUCUGGAAGUCCACCUGAAGCUGAACUUAUACUCAAGUCUCAUGAUCCAAAAAAAGCAACUGGCUAUGAUAAGAUACCGCCAAGAUCAUUGCGGGAUGGUCCUGAUGCUCUUCCCUAUCCGCUAUCUGUUCUUAUCAACAAGAUUAUCGACUCUUACUCUGUGCCGGCUGCUUGGAAGCUGGCCGAAAUCUGCCCCAUCUACAAAAAGGACGAUCCUAAAGAUAAAUCUAACUACCGGCCAGUGUAG